UUAAAAGGAGAAUAAAAGAAGCUGAUGUAUUUGACUGCUCAACGCAGGAAAAAAAAAGGCAGAAAGGCAUGCCAACUGACUGAGAAAUGUGAAAGAAUUUCAGAAAAAAUCACCCUAAUCAAUACCAUUUCUUUCAAGCUAAGCAAUCCUUUCAUCCCAACCAGUGAGUUUGAAGAUGGACAGAAGAAAGUUCAAGAGGAUUUUGACAUAGACAUGGAUGCCCCAGAGACAGAACGGGCUGCAGUGGCGAUACAGUCCCAGUUCAGAAAAUUCCAGAAGAAAAAGGGAGGAUCCCAGUCUUAGUCACUACCUCAUAGUUUAUUUAAAAUGGUAGUCCUGAGGUGAUCUGUCAGGAAAUUAAUAAAUAAAACUAAGAUGCAUGUACAGAAUAUUUAAAAACUCAUUGGCAGGUGUACAACAAUGACCUUGAUGUGGCCUCAUCCUUGUGACUCUCUCCAGUCCCAUUUCUCACCAUUUUACCUGAUGUAAUAAAAUGUUAGGAUGAAGUAA